AAGCAACGACGAACACAAAUAUCCGAAUAAAAAAUUCUGAUUUGCAAAUAGCUCUCGAGUGCUUCUCAUUUUCUCAGAUAUUUAUCUGUCUGUGCUGUCUUUUUGCUGGUCAAGUGACCAUGUCGAUCUCUCUCUAAAUUUCUAGGAACAUGCGCAGCCGCAUGUCUGCCUUGGGCCAACGUCUCACGCGAUAAACCAACUUUCUCUUUCACACACACCUCGUUCAAUCAUCUAGUCGCCCAUCAUUGCGUCGUUUGCAGCUGACAGAUUUCUCUUUCUUGACGCGCUUGUCUGCGACUAUAACUAUCUGCGCCAGCGACCUCUGUCCGGGCUGAUACCGGCUCCGGCCCUUCCGCCUUUCGCUAUAAGAGCGGUCGAAAUGCCCUCUGCUUCUGCCGACGACGUCCCGGCAACUCCCCGAGUCAUAUCUCCUUCGCCUGUACCGUCGAGUGAGUCAAGCUCGCGAGAUGAUUAUGCCGGCCCGAGGACUCGAUCGGCAGCGCGACGCCAACGUCUGGUAGAUGUAUCCGAGGAGACAAGCGAAGACAUGGAUACGGACUCGAGUCGGUCGCCGACCAGGUCUCGCAGUCGCAGUCCAGUAGCUCCUGCUCGUUCAACUCGCACGCGGCGAUCCAAUCCAAUGAUACCGGCCAGGAAACCGGAGUCUUUGAAGACCAACGGCCGCAUAUCGCCCACCGACUUCCUUUCGCCUAAUUCCGCCCUGGGCAAAGGCCGCGCACACGACAUCUCUCGUUCACCCUCACCUCUGGGCUUGAUCCCCUCCAUACUCAUACCGCGCAAGCUCCUCCAUGGGUCCAUCGGCUUUCUUACCCUUUAUCUGUAUAGCCGAGGCGUCCAGACUCUCCAAAUCACCCCAUGGCUGCUCUCCGCUCUCGUCCCCAUCGCCGCGACAGACAUUAUCCGCCAUCGCUCCGAGACUUUCAAUAAAUUCUACAUUCGCUGCGUGGGGGCGCUCAUGCGUGAGACAGAAGUGUCGGGCUACAACGGGGUGAUCUGGUACCUGCUGGGCGCAUACUCCGUUCUGCGUUUCUUCCCAAAGGACGUUGCGGUCAUGGGCGUCCUGCUCCUUAGCUGGUGCGACACCGCAGCCUCCACCUUCGGCCGUCUCUACGGCCGGCGCACGUUCCAACUGCGCAAGGGCAAGAGCUUUGCUGGAACUCUGGCCGCCUGGGUCGUCGGCGUCGUCACCGCCGCUGCCUUCUGGGGCUGGUUCGUCCCCCACGUCGGGACCUUUCCAAACGAUCCCGAGGGCUCGUUUAUGUUCACCGGCCGUCUGAACCUCCUCCCGGAUCCUAUCAGAGGUCUCCUCGGUUGGACCGCCGAUUCCGAUUCCUCGCGCGGAGUCAUCACCGGCCCGCUGGCACUGGGUGUCAUGAGUGCUGUUUCCGGUAUUAUCGCCGCCGGAAGCGAGUUCAUCGACUUGUUCAGCUGGGACGAUAACUUCACUAUCCCAGUUCUUAGUGGAAUUGGGCUGUGGGGAUUCCUGAAAGUUUUCGGUUAACUUACUCGCUCUUUCUAUUCGACCUUGAUAGACAUAUACCUCUUUUCUGGUAAUGCCGAGGUCUGGCCUGUCAAUUUCUUCUGAUGCCCUUAUUCACUGUUCUCCUGUAGCUCAUAUUUAUACCACUCUAUACAUCGGUCCGUUACUUUUCCUUGACAGGUCUACAAGGAUAGACACCAUGGAUUCCCUAGAGACUGGGAUGGUCAUGUACGAUGGUACAUCCGCGAUCGUUGUUUUAGACCCACCGUCGAUGGGCGCUUCCACUGUUGCUUGCUUGAAGAUACUCUCCAAUGUUAUUAUGAUUUUUUUCAUCGUCACAAUCAGUGCGACAUGUGUUAUGAAGGGAUAUGUACUUAAAUUAUAGAGCCAAAUGAGCAAAGCCCAACCCCAAAUGACACG